AUAUUGGUUUAUUUUCACUAUUUCAUUCUUAUGGAAAAAUCCUUUAAAAUAUUGCAAACAUGAUAAAAAUAAUUCAUUAAAACAAAUAAUCUAUUAUUUUUUAACACCUGAAAAACAACUUAAUUAUGAAUAUGAAUUUCAAAUUGAUAAACCUCCUAUAUUUAAUUAUUUAAAAUACAUUGAGGAAAUAGACGAUAGUCGAAUAUCUGAUCUUUUUGAAACUAAAAAAUCAAAUCUAAUAUCUAUAAUAGUUAAUUUAUUAGUAAAAUCUUCAAAU